GGUGCGUUUGCUGCAUACCAGCGCAUAGCUGCUGCUCGGUAUGCUUCAUCCUUUUCCUUUCUUCGUAGGUACCGGAACAGUCGUACAUCUGCCCUCCGCUACCUGCGGAGAUGUACAAAAGUGGCAGCAGCAGCAAGGAAAAUCUUUAAAGUAUUUUCGUUCUUCGCAGGAAACGGUGUCCUUCCGUCCAAGGGACGUUUGCAAUAAACGGACAAAGUGUUAGACCGCGCCGUGCAACGAUGGGACGCGGUCGACCGAAAAAGGAAGCACCGGCGGAAGGCGAUGGCCCGGCUGCUAAAAUGCAGCGAACCAAACGGCUCGAAAUUCCGCUCACAACGCUACCGAAGCUUUCGGGCAAUGUGCUGGCGUGCGGACAGGGCGAGAUGGGUCAGCUGGGCAUGGGAGAGGACGUGAUGGAGAAGACGCGGCCGGCCAUCGUCGAAGGCUUGUCGGACGUGGUACAAAUUUCGGCCGGUGGUAUGCACAAUCUGUGUCUCACGCGGCACGGCACGGUAUAUUCGUUCGGUUGCAACGAUGAAGGUGCGCUUGGCCGGGAUACAUCCCAAGAGGGUUCCGAGUUUGAGCCGAAAUUGAUCGAACUGCCUGGAUUGUGUGUUAAAAUUUCGGCCGGUGAUUCUCAUUCCGCCUGCCUGCUGAACGAUGGACGCGUAUAUGCCUGGGGCUCAUUCCGGGAUUCGCACGGAAACAUGGGCCUUACGCUCGAGGGCAACAAGCGGUUACCGAUCGAAGUGUUGCCGGGCAACCGGUGGGUCGAUAUCGCAUCCGGCUGUGAUCAUCUCGUAUUGCUGUCCGAUAUCGGCCACAUCUACACGGUCGGCUGUGCGGAACAGGGCCAACUCGGCCGGGUAUCAAUCCGGGCUGCGUCGGGAGAAUCUCGUCGCGGCAAAACACAGCUGCUGCAGCCGGGCAUAGUGACGCGGCGUGGCAAAAUCAUCGUCGCGGACGCAAUCUGGGCCACCACCUACUGCACCUUCUACAAAGACUAUCAAACCGGGCGGAUAUUUGCGUUCGGGCUUAACAACUACUGUCAGCUCGGCAUACCGAACCCGAGCGAGAACGUCGUCAAGCCGGUGUUCGUACCGGAACCGACCAGCUUCGACGAGGUGCUACAGAUUGCGGGCGGACAACAUCACACACUGGUAUUGAGGACAGACCACAAGGUGUAUGCGAUCGGGCGGAAAGAGUACGGCCGGUUGGGGCUUGGGGACGACGUAACGGACGACGCGAAAACGCUCCAACCGGUAGCGGUGCUCGGCGACAAGAAGGUGGUCAGUGUGUGCUGCGGCGAAAGCACCUCGUUCGCCGUCACAGACAAGGGCGAACUGUACGCGUGGGGCAUGGGGUCCAGCCUGCAGCUCGGCACCGGUUUGGAAACGGACGAAUCCAAACCGGUACUGAUCGCCAGCAAGCAGGUAGCGGGUAAGGUGAUCCUGAAGGCAUCCAGCGGUGGACAACACAGCUUAUUCCUCGUGCAGGAAACGCCGACCGUAACGGAGAAGGUGCCCACGAAGGUGACAGCCGCCAAGAAAGCUAAAUCAGAAUCCGCAACUACGACGGAAACGGCGGCAAAUGGCGUGGCGAAACAUUCCGAAACAGCAAACGGUGAUGAACCGGCAACGGCGACAACCACGAGCUCGGCGUCCGCCGGUGACAGCGAACCAACGACGAACGGUGUAGAUACGGACGUGCCGCCGGGUGGUGGUACUGCUGCUGCGAGUGCUGGAAAGGAAAAAUCGGCCCCGGCCAAAGGCGGCGGUGGCGGUAGAAAACGGAAAAUUCAGUGAGAGGCCUACCUAUUCCUGCAGUAGGUGGUUUUAGUGUAAAUUGAACCCUACUUCUUAUGAGUGUAGUGGUGGGGGUCCUCCUCUAGAGGUUCAUUAGGCGGAGCGCGUGCUGACAAAGGAAAACGAAACAUCAUCAUGUAAGAGUAAAAUUCUUUCCGUGUGUGCCGUGUUAUAUUUAUCAACAAAUCGCGAGUUUUUAAGCUAGGAAAAGUUGGAGCUGCUCAUAACGUUCCCCCGUUUUUCUUUUUUUUUCAUUCUUUUUUGUUCUGUUUUGUUUUACAUUUAGCAUCCUUUUGUGCUUACUUUUCCGUUAUCCUGUUUACCUGUGUUUAAACUAUCCAUCCUCCUAGGCAAGCUUACUGAUAUCAAAAUGCCCCAUCAGUAUCGAUUAGCAUUCGAUAAGAGCAGAAACCGAAAGAUCGAACACUUUUCAUCUCAGCCUUUUGUUCAGGCUCUCGCCCUUGCAAAAACACUCAUCAAGCGUCUUUGUUUUUGUUCCGUUUCUUUGUUUACUCUCCAUGGGAGUAGUAUUGUAGUAUUGUGUUGUAUAAGGAAGUUCCUCUCACCACCCCAGUUCACGGACGACGGUGUGACAUUGUCCUAUUUUAGAGUGGCAACGAACACACACACACACACACGUACGCAAAGUGUGCCACUAGCUGUUUUGCACAGUUAGGUAUAUUUUUAAGCAAAUCUUGUUGAUAAGUAGAAUGUUUUUUUGUUUUUCUUCAAUUGUGGUCCGGCGAGGAAGAAACGCGGAGGGGUGUCCAGUGUAAGGUGGAAAAUCGACUGAGCAAAGAAGCGAAUAAACUAACUUGAUAAAUGAUUUUGAUACAAAA